AAAUCCCGCUUCUGUAACCGAAAAUACUAGCAGAAAUUGUUUCACGUUUUUCUCUCCAAUUUUGUUAUAAAAAAUUCACAUAAAUGUUUUAUAAAUUAAUUAAAUAAAACCACAAUCUAAAAGAAAAAGCCGGUAUGUCGUCAGCUGUAAAUUUGGAAUGCAAAAAGCUUUGCAUGUUCCGAUGCCUCUAUGCUGUCGGUCUAAGCAUCGCCAUGCAAUACCUUCUACUCACAAUUUUCCUGCUCUUUGUAAACUUUGAUAUAUUCCAUCCCAUCACUUGGAUAGCUACAACUUUUCGUCUAAUGUAUUCCUUCUACACUUGGUUAUCAAUCAUGCCUUUGAUCAGUUCUGUGAUUGUUUUCGGGAUUCUUUUGGGCAAGUCUUUUCUAAGUGUGAAGAAAUACUAUGCAACAAGAUUUCGCUGGUUCUUUGGAACCGCUCUAAGAAAAUUCACAUUUCUCGGAAUCCAUUUGAUGGUGGGCUUUCUUACUGCUUGGCUUUAUGCUAGAUUCUUGCAUCCAGAUUACAGAACUCUUUUGUUACCCUACUUCGAUCGAGAAGUCAUAAACAGUCGCUACACUUUUCUUGUCUUUAUCGGAAUCUCCUCAGGAUUCUACUUCUUUGCCAAGGAGAAUCUCAAAAAUGAAUCUGAAAUCGAGUUUCCUAUUAUCCAAGAGAAGAAGUUUAUUAAAAUUCGUUCCCUCGUCUACUCAAUCUUGUACACUUCUCUGGUCAAGUCGCUUGUACCGACUUUGUGUUUUGCCUUUGUCUAUUGGAUCAUUGGCAAUUCAUUGAACCGAGCACUAGCCAACUCUUUCGGCUCGGAGAUCGACGAAACCUACAAUUCUCUCUUCACCAUCUUUACCAGCCCUCGGAUGCUCUUCUACGCUUGGAUCUUGUGCUCACAGAUUCUUAGCAAUAUGGAAUUGAUGAGACAUUUCUUUUCUUUCCUUCUGGCCGAGGAGAUGCAUUUUGUCGUUGAAAAGAAUCCUGUAGUCGCAGCAUCACAAACUGAAGUAUCUCUUGUCGAGGCUUUGGCUUUGAAAGAGGUUCCUGUUGUUCAACAAAUGGCUUGUUUAGAUCUCUACAAUUUAUCAUCAGCUAAAGCCGUUAAGCGACGACUGGAAGUUUUUGCUCUCUCGAUUCCAGGCGGACAUCCAUAUAACUGGAAUCAAUUAAGUGGACAAUGUUUGAGUCUUAUUAAUGAGUUCACAGAAGAACUGGCUUCUUCGGUGAAGAAGAUUUCAACCAUGAAGAAUCCUCCGCCUUUUGCUCAACUCAAACCUUCUGCCAGUGAGACUGCAGAAAGGAUUCUCCUUAGACAAUACAAUGAGACUUAUGGAAUUCGACGAAUGAUGGCAGAUCCAGUUGAGCAACCUCAGCCUGCAUGUGGUACAUCGGGUCAGUCUAACAAUCCAUGUGAUCGAGUCAAUGAGAUUCUGGAGAACAUUCAAAAAUCCAUUGAAGAAAGUGCAAAAGCUGCUUUCUAUGCUGUUCCAGGGGUGUUCUAUCUUUUCGGAGAACAGGAUGGAGCCAAGACUGCUUUUGUUCUAUCAAACUCUCAAGCAAUUGUUUGGUUAACACAGGGUUUAGCUGGUAUUUGUGCGAGUUCUCUGCAUGAAGAUAAAUACGGAGUUGUUCAGAAUGAAUUAUCAAAGAUUAUCAAAUCGCUUCUUAAACUCAAAUUGGAACUAGACAAAUUGAAUAAUGUUAACUUGAAUGGAAAGAAAUUGGAUCGUAAUUUAAUUACACUUAAAAAUGCCGUUAAAAGGAGUUUGUAUCGCAUUUGUACGGUAUUUGGCGAUUAUAUGAGAGAUUUGGUGGACGAGCAAGAUGAUCUCAGAAAUUUGCAGUGUUUCUUGAGUUAUCAAGAGACGUAGAUGACUUAAAAAUAAAAAAAAAGAGUAGAGCGUGUUGGUGGUUUAUUUUUUAAGGACAUUAAUUUUGUGACUUUAUUGUAAUUUAUUAAUAAAUUUUUAUAAGAUUAA